AUGCACUGGUUCAGAUUGGCUAAUGCCUCAAGAAGAAAACUUGAUGAAUUGAUUCCAGGGAUUUUACAACUUUGUAGAAUUGUAGAAGAAAGGGGUGAGCUACCGAAAUCGGUGUAUUUUCCCUACUCAAGCUUUGAACUGGCGCGUAGCACGCUGGAAGAAACAAAAAAAAUUAGAAAGAACUGGCGCGGGAAAUCUGAUGAAAGAAUUAAAGUUGAAUCUACAGAUAAGGAAGAGAAUGAGGAGAGCGAGUGGAUGGAGCAGGAUGAAAGAAACUAUCAAGGGAUGGAGGUGGAGGUGAAGGUGGGAGAAUUUGAUGAUGAGCUCGAGGAGAAUGAGGAUGAGGAUGAUGAUGAUGAUGAUGAGGAAGAGGAAGAGGACGUGUGUAAAACCCUUCUGGGGAAUGUGUGGCAUAUGGUUGCGUGUGUAACAUUUAGUAUGUGUUCUAUCUGGGACUGUAAGGGAGAUCUUGACCCUGUUGAACCCGAGUACGAGUUCAAGGAUAGACGAGAGGUAGAGGAGAUGGUGGAAGGAUUCAUCUCUCAGGUUCAGACAAUUGGCAAACUAAUGGAGUCUUUACUAAAACUGAGAAGGUGUAGGAGAGACCUGGAGCAGGGUUGGAGCGAGGUGACGAGGUUGGUUCCCCUCUUAAACACCUUCAGGAAUAAUAUAAAGGAUGACCAGGGUAACUGGGAGGCCGUAACUGUCACGGCAGACCAGUUCAUUGAGUACAUUAGAACAGAGGACGAGCUUAUACUGGAAAGUGCUCUUAAGCAACUAUUAAUGUUUCUUGAGGCAUUAGCCAAUCUGAACCAGUGCAUCAGAAAUUCAAACCUAGUGAAUUAGACAUAAGAAAAUCGCAACAUGAAGAGUUGCCAUGUUUUGCAUGCCAUACAAAGGAAUUGAGUAUU